GACACUGAUCAUUCUGAUGGCAAAAGGAGAUAAGAUUACUUGCUGUCUACAUACUUGCUUUGCUGUCUGUGGCUUUCUCUCAAAGAUCUCCAACACAACAAAAUUCUUCCCCUCCAGUAGCUAGCUAUCAAGCAAGAUGUGCAAUCCAACGGAAACGUCGACAGAAGAAGGAGAGUCUCCGGCUGUGGAGGCCGCUUCAUCCGAGCCAGUGGCACAAGUGCGACACGAGGAUCUCGAUGAUUCCUAUGGUUCCUCGACGGGAGGCGCCAUUUUCAAUUUUACCAAUUGCAUUGUGGGAGCGGGUGCGAUUGGUCUGGGAGGCGCCUUUGCAGACUCGGGCGGUCUGAUAUCGGUCUUUACCAUUCUGUUCUUUGCGCUCUUGACCAAGCUGUCACUCGAUUUGGUCGUCAUUAUGAGUGUCGAACAUUCUCCGACUCCACAACAGCGAUCGGCUUCCUACGAGGAACUGGGCUACAUGGCGUAUGGAAGAAUGGGUCGCCUCGCCGUGCUAUUGUCCAAGUUUUUAUACUCGUUUGGAUGUCUGGUGGCGUAUAUCAUUGUCGUCAAGGAUAACUUUGCACCCGCCCUACGGCAUUUUCUCUAUGGAGACAACAACAAUUCACAUCACAAUUGGUUUCACCAAUUCUUGUCGGGAGAGGGAGCCCAAGACACGGUGACGUGGGUUUUGGGAAUUUGUGUCAUUCUACCACUUUGUCUCCUCCGAGAUAUGACACCCUUGUCCAGUCUGGGAGCUGUCAGUAUUGCUUCCAUGUGUUCCAUCGUCCUCAUUGUUCUUUACAUAUACUGUGCGGAACCCGAUAUUCGGCAUGAGGGAGAAGGAACCUACCAAAACUGGAUUCAAAUCCGACCUGGAUACGUCGAAAGCUGGGGAACCUUUGUCUUUACAUUCGUGUCACAGCAUACGGUAAACCUCGCCUUUGAAAGUCUGCGGCCCGAAAUCCGUACGGUGGACACUUGGAAGCGGGUAUCUUCUUGGUCCAUUUCCAUUGCCACUGUCAUUUCGCUCACUGUGGGGUUGGUCGUGUACAUGACAUUUUGGCAAGAUACACGGAGUGACCUCUUUGACAUGUAUCCACCUCUCCGAAUUGUCGAUCUGGCCAAACUACUCCUCUGUGUUACCAUGCUCUUGACAUUUCCAUUGCCGUUCUUUUCGUGUCGAGAGCUCCUGAUUGUCUUUUUCAUUCAGCCACUCUUUGCUGCAGCACCAUCAUCACAACAACUACAACAACAAUCUACCUCUUUGGACGAUGCACUACAGGAACCCCUGCUGGACGAAGAGACUGCCGCAAAUGAACAGGAUGACGAUGCGGAAGAUUCCACAUCGGUCAUCUUUGAGGAACGACCCAGCCGUGGCUGCAUCCCAGUGAUGCUCCCGGGAGAAGAAAAGCAAUUGUCACUGGUCUACCAUGUGCUCUUGUCUACCAUGUUUUGGGGCGCUUCCACCUACCUGGCUAUUGUUUCGCCCAACCUGGGAGACAUUCUAGACCUGGUGGGAUCUGCGAGUGGAACCGCAAUGGCAUUUGUUCUACCAGGCCUGCUGUCGUUCAAAUUGCAGGGAUACACCAGACUGGCGGCGUUUAUCCUUGUAGUGGGGGGAGCCAUUGGGCUUGUUGGAACAAUCUUCAGUUUCAAAAAGUUGAUCAGUGAUGUCUAG